CUAUGGGUCUGACAUGCCUGGCAGGUCGUCGACGGUAAUGUUGUUUCCCCAGCUGAUCGGAAGGGAGAGCAUAGCUGUGGUAACAGAUAUGAAAUCUUAAUAGCAUAAUACAAAUUAGUGAUGAAGUCGUUGUAGGUCCAGUCCUCGCAGGAAGGCAGCGGGCAUGGCUGCUGGUGUCUUACUCUUUGUUGCAGUGAACCUUGCUUGUUUGGCUGUCAUUGGAAACUUGGUCUCCGGAGAGAGAUCAUUCUCUAUAGACUACAAAAACAACUGUUUCCGCAAAAAUGGGAAGCCUUUUCAGUACAUCUCAGGCAGUAUUCACUACUCCAGAAUCCCACGGUACUACUGGAAGGACCGGCUUGUAAAGAUGUACAUGACUGGACUCAAUGCUAUCCAAGUAUAUGUGCCCUGGAACUUCCAUGAAACAGUAGAGGGGGUUCACAACUUCACAGGCGACCGAGAUCUGGAGCAUUUUUUGGAUCUGGCUAAUCAGACAGGUCUUCUGGUCAUCCUGCGUCCGGGACCGUACAUCUGUGCAGAAUGGGAAAUGGGCGGCUUACCUGCGUGGCUACUUCAGAAACCAAACAUGCUACUUCGCUCAGCGGACACAGAUUAUGUCCAGGCAGUCAGCAACUGGUUUGCCGUUCUUCUCCCCAAAAUUAAGCCAUGGCUGUAUAUCAACGGGGGCAACAUCAUUACUGUCCAGGUAGAGAAUGAAUAUGGAAGUUACUACGCUUGUGACUACAACUACAUGCGUCACCUGCGGACUUUGUUGCGCUUCUUUCUGGGUGAAAACAUUGUCCUGUUCACCACUGACGGAAACACAGACAAGGAAAUGGCAUGCGGGACUCUGGAGGGAUUAUAUGCCACAAUAGACUUUGGCACAGACACCAACAUAACAGAAGCCUUCAAAAGGCAAAGAAGGUUUGAACCUCGAGGGCCCCUGGUGAAUUCAGAAUUCUACACUGGCUGGUUGGACCACUGGCAAGAUCAGCAUGCUGUAGUUGAUGCUCAGAAGGUCAGCAGAGUGCUAGGAGAAAUGCUAACCAUGGGGGCCAACGUCAACAUGUACAUGUUUGAGGGAGGCACUAACUUUGGCUACUGGAAUGGUGCUGAUCAUGACACAAGGUUCCGCUCCGUAGUGACUAGUUAUGAUUAUGAUGCCCCGCUGUCUGAGGCAGGAGACCCCACAGAGAAGCUGUUUGCCAUCAGAGAUGUCAUUAAGCAGUUUAGAAAUAUUCCCUCGGGCCCCAUGCCACCUGCAACUCCCAAGUUUGCCUAUGGCUUUGUGACCAUGAAAAAGGUUGGCAACAUCAGUGGUUUGUUGAACACCCUCUCACCCGUUGGGCCAGUGAAAUCCCAGUAUCCUCUGACGUUUGAAGAGAUGAAACAGUUCUAUGGAUACAUGCUUUAUCGGACCACGCUGCCCAGGGACCUCUCAGGGCCCACGCCACUUAUCUCUCCACUGAAUGGGGUUCAUGACCGUGCAUAUGUGUCCGUCAAUGGGAGUAUGCAUCUAUGUGGACAGGUUUUCCAGGGCCUGUUGGAGAGAGACACUAUGCUGGUGAUGAACGUCACUGGACAGCAGGGGGAAAUUGUGGACAUCCUCGUUGAGAACAUGGGCAGGGUGAAUUUUGGCAGCAAGAUUAGUGACAGCAAGGGUCUGCUGAGCAAUCUGAUCCUGGGUAAAGAUGUACUGACUGACUGGAAGAUCUACCCUUUGGAUAUUGAUGGAGCCAUCGCUGGUGGAUGGCCUCAUUCAAACAGUAAAAAGUCCUCCCCCUCUCCUCAGAAAGAACCUUUAGUUGGGCCAGUCUUCUACAUGGGGACCUUAGAGCCCAACGGUCUCGCUUGGGACACCUUUCUCAAGCUCAAUGAAUGGACAAAGGGUCAAGUUUGGAUUAAUGGCAUGAAUCUGGGACGAUACUGGCCAGCCAAGGGCCCUCAACAGACUCUUUACAUCCCAGGACCCUUGCUCAGCACGACCCUGCCCAACAACAUCACGGUGCUGGAACUGGAAGGGGCCCCACCACACCUUCGGGUUCUCUUCAUGGACCGGCCUCAGCUCAAUGCCACUGCUGACAAGUCUUAACAGAGCGCACAGAGCUUUAGCAUAUUUUACAACAUUCGGUUGUAGGAAUACUACAUCCCAAUAUCAGUUUAAAUCACUCUGUACAUGAGGAACAAUCUACAUCAUUUCUGUGUCAUUAUUCUUAGUCACUUCAGAUUUCAGUUUCUUUGUAGCCAAUUCUUUAAACCUUUUGACACAGCAGCUUCAGUCAAACAGUGCUCCAAAAAUGAUUUUGUCUUAACAGUAGAACAUUCACUAAAAAGAAAUUAUACAAAUUAUACACAAGUUGUAUUAGUUUUUUUAUUGCGUUUGCUUUUUUACCUUUUCCGUAACUGCAGAUACUGUGAAUAAAUGAUACAUUUAUUAAACAUUAUUAUUAAAAUGUUUUAAUACUGUAUAUGCAUCCAGUUGUCUAAGAUAAUCUGCUAUAUUAAAAUUAUAUUUAAAAUGUAUGUUGAAAAUGAAACUAGCACAUUGGCAAAAGACAACCAUAUUAGACUUCCAUCUACCCAUCUAGGCCGCAUAAAUUGACUUUUAGUUCUUAUGAGGUAGCUUCCUUUCAAGUGACAUUUUCCACAUGUGCAUUAGGUCUUGUCUGGAAGAGUAGUGGCUUUUCGAUGUGCUUGGACACAGCGAGGGGUGCAGAAUGAAUACUCCAGGUACUGAAAUGGGAUCUUCCCAAGCAGAGACUCUCCACACAGCCAGCACCUCCUAUUGUCAAACAUGAACCCCCACACAUUUGAGUAACAAACCAUUUACAUUAUCGCAUUAUGACGACGCUCAAUGAGAGGAAGGCUCUUGGGGGACUUACUUGAGAUUAGAGAGGCUGAUUCCUGUUGCAGCUACUUGCUCCGCUAAUCUCCUCUCUGCUGCCAGAGCUCUCUAUAGUCAAAAAGGAAGCUGUUAAAAUUUUCAGUGUUUGAAAAAAUAACUUGAAUAUCAGAGAGUAAUCUCACCUUUUCACGAUCAUUCAGAGAUGCGAACCUCUUCUUUUCCUCUGCCUCCAGCUCUUGUUUUCUCUUUUCCUCCCUCUGCUCUUUUUCACGCUGUCUUCUCAAUGCCUUUUGUGUCUUUUUCUUUUCCGUCUGUUUGGAUUCAAUCUCUGCUGUUAGUGGCCCGGGGACCUUGAGUUGCGAAAGAGGGAAAAAUAUAAGUGCUUGAUUGUACUGGGAUGCAUAAGUUGCACUUAAGAUGCACAAGUUAGACUAUACCUGCGCCUUGCUGUAGUCAUAUUUGUCAGGAUUCUCACCCAUGUAUUUACGAAAGACAUUCCUUGUGUCUUUGUCAGGGGCGAUAAUAUACGGAGUCUGCUUUCUGUUAUCCCUGUAAAGGAAUAUUGCAGAAAUAAUGUUCAAGUCUGGGCAUUCAACUGCUGCAUACAACUUGACUCCAUUUUUCAUACCUGCAGGCUGGGUCUGCUCCUGCAUCCAGGAGCAGCCUGACCACUGCCUUUUGUGCAGCUGCUGAGGCAACAUGCAGCAAAGUGAACCCUGAUGAGUCUAUGGGCUUAUUAAGGAGAGUUAGAGGACUUAAGACAUCAGUAGGGUUGCUCUCCGACCGCUCACGACUCUCUGCUGUUUCUCCAGGUAGCUGGAGGAGUCUGCAUAGAGCGUCCACAUCCCCAACCUUACAGGCUGUAAACAGGGCGUCCCUCUGGCCAUACUCCCAUGAUUCAUCAACAAUUUCUAUGGACAGAGAAAGCUAAAUAAUAAGUAUCUUGAACUUUAUAUAUUAAAUAGGUGACAAGUUGCAAGAUUGAGAAACAUCUGCAAUAUAAAUGUACAGCAGUAAGAGGCCCUCACUCACCUUCCAGUUGUUUUUUACUCUGUGCUUUCCUCUUCCUCUUGUUCUUUGAUUGCGUCUCUUGAGGGGCGUCUCCUGCUACUGUAGCCUCUGGCACCUCCUCUUCCUGAUUGUCUGCUUCUGUGUUACUCAAUUCUGUCACACAAGGAUAUGAAAUUUCAUGAACCUUGCAGAACUUUGGUGUGAUAAAUGAGCAUUCACUGAGUUUCUGUAAUGUAGCUAUAGCCACCUAUGUGAUGACACAGUGGACGGGGCCUAUUUUCAUUUUGCAUUUUGGUUUCCUCAUUUCUCCUCCUCCUCCUCCUUCUGUGCAUGGAGGGAAAUAUUUCAGACUCCCUGAGGUCCAGAGUUCCUAUUGUCAUCUCCACCAUCUCCAGCUGAAUCUCCCCACCUUCUUCUUUGUCUGAGCUAUCGUGGUUUUCUUCUGCUGCCAAAAAAGGAAGUGUACUGUAAUACCAAAUUUUACAGUAAAUAACUUUGUGUUGAAACAGCAAUAAUUAAAUUAAACAAAAAGCAA